AUGACAUCCUGGAUCUUCUCCUUCGCUUGCCUCGCGGUUGCCACAGCCAGAGAGGCGCCGGUGAUCGGUGACAGCUGGACAUCACCGGAGGAAUUGACAGGCUUCAGUGAGCACUACAUGGGAAGGCAACUGGCUCAGCUGAACAGCAUCCUCUUCCAGGGCACUGCGGGGACAGCUGAUGGAGGUGGUGCCGAGCAGUGGAUUGUGGCUUUCUGCCCCUCCUGGUGGGAGCCUUGCCAUCAUCUCGAGCUCCUCAUCUCCGAGCAAGCUGCGGAAUGGCAGAAAAAGCUCAACACCGGGCAUUUCACAGCUGCUGUCCGUUUUGCAAUCGUUGAUUGCGCGACGGAGAAGGUACUUUGCAACACGGAGCAGGUGAAGAUGUAUCCAACUAUCGCCCAGUACAAGGACGAUGUCUGCUCUCAGGGUGCGGGACGUAUUGGGGUCGAGUUUUUAGGGUCAAGCUGA